GUAUCCAAAUUUUUGGAAAAAUUUCCCUUUUUCCUCAGCUUUCUUUUCUCCAUGGCAUGCUUACACACAGGAUGAUAGUACCAAAGUGGGCCAGACGCCGACAAAAGCUUCACUGUCACUCCCUCCAGCCAACCGUUGUGAUCACACUCCGCUUUUUUUACUAUGCCUAAGAAAACUGCACAACAAAAACUCUCUCUCUCUCUCUCUCUCUCAUUCAGACUCAAGCCAGUCUCUAGUCCCUUCCUCUGCUAUUUUUCUCUCCUCUGCUGUUGCUCUCAUAAUGUAAAAUAGCCUAGAAAAAAAGCUACUACUUAAAAUAGACUCUUCUUCUUCAAAUUCAACCCCUGAAAACACUGAUUAAAUGGCUAGCUACAUUCUCUCCUGGUUCUUUAUCUACAUUUGUCUCUUCACGAGCCUCUGUUUGGCUGAUGACCCAUUUGUCAACUACGAUUUCGUUGUCUCUUACAUUACUGCCUCUCCUUUGGGUGUUCCCCAACAGGUUAUUGCUAUUAAUGACAAAUUUCCAGGGCCUAUCGUUAACGUGACUACUAACAACAAUGUAGUUGUCAAUGUCAAGAACAAACUAGAUGAGGACCUUCUCCUGACUUGGAAUGGUAUUCAACAGAGGCGAGUUUCUUGGCAAGAUGGGGUACUCGGCACUACUUGCCCGAUUCCUCCCAAGUGGAAUUGGACUUACCAAUUCCAAGUUAAGGACCAGAUUGGGAGUUUCUUUUACUUCCCGUCGCUUAACUUUCAAAGGGCCUCGGGUGGUUUUGGCGGAUUUAUAAUAAAUAAUAGAGAUAUUAUUCCAAUUCCUUUUGCGACUCCAGAUGGGGAUAUAACAAUUUUGAUUGGUGAUUGGUACACUCGGAACCACACAGCUUUGAGGACAACCCUUAGUGCAGGCAAGGAUCUUGGGAUGCCGGAUGGUGUCCUUAUCAACGGGAAAGGCCCUUACCAAUACAACUCUACACUCGUGCCUGACGGCAUUGACUAUGAAACAAUUGAUGUUCAACCAGGGAAAACAUAUCGUCUUCGUGUACACAACGUGGGGGUGUCAACUAGUUUGAACUUCAGAAUUCAGAACCAUAACCUGCUUUUAGCGGAGACAGAGGGAUCAUAUACAGUGCAGCAGAAUUACACUAACCUAGAUAUUCAUGUUGGACAAUCAUAUUCUUUCUUAGUAACCAUGGACCAGAAUGCAAGUAGCGAUUACUACGUCGUAGCAAGUCCCAGGUUUGUGAAUGAAUCAAUCUGGCAAAGAGUUACUGGUGUGGCCAUCUUGCACUACUCAAAUUCCAAGGGGAAGGCAUCAGGCCCCCUUCCCGACCCACCAAAUGACCAAUAUGACAAAACCUUCUCCAUGAACCAGGCCAGAUCGAUCAGGUGGAAUGUGUCCGCCAGUGGUGCUCGCCCCAACCCUCAAGGCUCAUUUCGAUAUGGCUCAAUCAAUGUGACUGAAGUUUAUGUGUUGCAAAACAAGCCAGCGGUGACCAUCAAUGGGAAGAAGCGAACGACGCUCAGUGGGAUCUCAUUUGUCAAUCCUGGCACACCAAUCAGGCUUGCCGACCAAUUCAAAGUGAAGGGAGCAUACAAGCUUGAUUUCCCCAGUAGGCCAAUUACUGGACCACCCAGGAUGGAGACAUCAGUUAUAAACGGCACAUAUAAGGGAUUUAUGGAAGUUAUACUGCAAAACAAUGACACAAAGAUGCAAAGCUAUCAUGUGGAUGGAUAUGCCUUUUUUGUGGUUGGGAUGGAUUUUGGGGAGUGGACGGAGAACAGCAGGGGGACAUACAACAAGUGGGAUGGUAUUGCCCGCAGCACAAUACAGGUUUUUCCAGGGGCGUGGACGGCAAUCUUAAUCUCGCUUGAUAAUGUUGGAGUCUGGAAUGUGAGAACAGAUAACCUCGACUCUUGGUAUCUUGGUCAGGAAACCUAUGUGAGAGUUGUCAAUCCAGAGGUGAAUAACAAAACGGAGUUCCCCAUGCCAGAUAAUGCUCUCUUUUGUGGUGCCCUCAGUAAAAUGCAAAAGCCCCAAAAAAUCUCUUCCGCAGCAUCAAUCAUGGGAAGUACAUCACAACUCUUAUUCAAUCUGGUGAUGUUGAUAUCUACAGUGAUUUCUAUUUUGCGCUAAACCGGAUGCUUCUGUGUUGCUUGCGGGAGCCUGGCUUGCCUAGUGAGUUUUGUGUUUGUGAGUGUGUAGGUGUGUGUAACUUUAGGCUUGUUCAUACGAAUCUUUGUUGAUUUUCACGGACAUUUUUUUGUUCCUGAUGUACUAAAUGCUACCUGGGAUCAUUGUUUUUUUGCUGGGAUUUACGAUUCUUUGAUAACUUGUAUUUCGAUGUAGUGAUGACAAUUCAUCAAUUUUCUAUAUAAUUUGACCAAAAACCCUGAUCCUA